AUGAUCACUGCACCUGCCGACGAUACUAUGGUUUCUCCUCCCAAAAAAGCUGCAAUGAUGAAGAACGCAGAUGCUGCAGACAGUGGCACUGGAGCUCAAGAGACAACAGCCCAAUCUACCGCUAUGGAUGUAUCAUCAGACACGACUACUACUGCUACUGCUGGUGGUGGUGAUGUCGUUGCUGGAGUGCCAUCAAAAGGGAGCAUUGAUGAUGUUCCAAGAAUGCUCGCUGAAGGCAAGAAGAAGGCUGCUCUAUCUGACUGGGAUACUUCAUUGGACUUGUUGUCAACUGCGGUUGAAAUCAUGAAUGAAAAAUAUGGUGAAUUAGCCCCGGAAUGUGCCGAUGCCUACUUCAUCUAUGGUCAAACUCUCUUGACGGCUGCAGUCAGUCGUGCAAGUGCUCUGGGAGGUUCCAGAACAGACGUUACCGCUGCCCAAGACGAAGUUGAACAAGAUGCAAAGAUCUUGGAAAGUGUUCAAGGCAAACCAGCAAGUCACUUUGCCAUUGAGGGCGAUGAUGAAGAAUGGGGUGUAGAUGGUGAAGAAGACAUUGAAGCCGAGGAAGCUGAAGGAGAGGGAGGAGAAGAAGCUACUCCUGCUACCGACGCUUUGCCAGUCGAUAGUCAACCACAAGAAGGUGGUGCUGCAUCAUCAGCUGCUGCUGCUCCAGCCGGUGACAAGGAUGAUAUGGAAUUGGCAUUCGAAGUCUUGGACAUGUGUCGAGUCAUCUACACAAAGAUGGAUACUCCAGAAGCCAUGGCCAAAUUGGGUGAUGUUGAAUUGAUGUUGGGUGAUAUCAGUCUUGAUGCCGGUCACUAUAAGGAAGCCAUCAAGGAGUAUGCAAUGGCCAUCGCACUCAAACAGAUGGUGAAUGCUCCUCAUCGUGAAUUGGCUGAAGCCCACUAUAAACUUGCUUUGCCAUUGGAAUAUGAAAAUCAAUAUGACGAAGCCAUCAAACAAGUCAGAUUGGUAGUCGUCGCUGUCGAACAACGCAUUCAACUCUUGAAACAAGAACUCAAAGAUGCUGGUGUUGAAGUGGAUGCAAAAGGCAAAGGAAAAGUGGAUCAAGAAGAAACUGAUCCCAUCAAAUCCGAAAUACUUGAAAUGGAGGGUGUUUUGGUUGAAAUGGCUGAAAAGGUCACCGACUUGAUGAGUCAGAAAGCUCAAGCUCGACCAGGCUUCUUGAAUGCUGAAUCUGAAGAAGCCAAAGGAGAUGCAUCCACAGGUGAAAAGGUCGCUACUGUCGUAAAUGACUUGUCUGGAACCGGAUUGAUAAAAUCGAAAAAGAAUGCAAGUAUCAGCACUUCAGCACCAUCAGCACAUACGACUGCUUCAGCUACCAAGCGUAAAGCAGAUGGUGAUGUCUCUGUUGAAAGUGGGCCAGAUGCGGCAAAGAAGGCCAAAACUGAUGUCUAA